AUGCCUUCACUCACGCGCUCCCUCCUCCUUCUCCCUACCCUCUUCUCCACCCUCUCCCUCGCCGUCCGCCCCGUCGAAGUCCGCGGCCAGGAGUUCGUCGACACAGUCACCAACAAACGCCUCAUGAUCCUGGGCGUUGACUACCAGCCCGGCGGUCAAGGCGGUUACAAACCCCAGGAAGGUCGCGACCCCCUCUCCGACGCCUCCACCUGCCUCCGCGACGCUGCUCUCCUGCAGCGCCUGGGUGUCAACACCAUUCGCGUGUACAAUCUCGAUCCCACGCUCAAUCACGACGAGUGCGCUAGCAUCUUCAAUGCCGUGGGCAUCUAUAUGAUCAUCGAUGUGAAUAGUCCGUUUGGAGGCGAGAGUCUCAAUCGUGCCAAACCCGCGAGCAGUUAUCAUAAGGGGUACUUGGGGAGGAUCUUUGGGAUCGUGGAGAAUUUCAAGGGCUACCCGAAUACGUUGGCUUUCUUUGCGGCCAAUGAGGUGAUUAAUGAUGUGGGAAGCGCAAAAGAGAAUCCGCCGUAUAUCAGGGCUGUUCAACGCGAUAUGAAGAACUAUAUCGCGAAGCACGCGGAUCGCGCUAUCCCCGUGGGAUAUUCAGCGGCAGAUGUUCGCCCCAUCCUCGAGGAUAACUGGAAGUACUUCGAGUGCGCGAUUGAUGGGAAGGAUGAUAAGUCCAGGUCGGACUUCUUCGGCCUCAACUCGUACUCCUGGUGCGGCGGUGACGCGACGUUCCAGACUGCUGAUUCAGGUUACGACGUUCUUACCGAGACAUUCGGGAACAGCACCAUUCCUGUUUUCUUCUCCGAGUAUGGCUGCAACGAAGUGAAGCCUCGCGUGUUCAACGAGGUGCAGGCGCUAUACGGCAAGCAGAUGACGGCUCUGAGCGGCGGUCUCGUCUACGAGUACUCUCAGGAAACCUCCGACUUCGGCCUGGUGGAAAUUGGAGACGACGGCAGCGUGAAGCUCCGCACCGACUAUGAUAACCUCAUCGGACAGUACAACAAGAUCGAUCUUGCGCUCCUCCAAUCCACCGACCCCUCAGCCACGAACCGCAACCCGCCCAAGUGCUCCUCCGACUUGAUCUCCGAUUCCGGCUUCUCGAAAGACUUCAAGAUCCCCAACCCACCAGAGGGCGUCGACGACCUCAUCAAUAACGGGGUCCCGAACCCGGUGCGUGGCAAAAUCGUGCCAGUCAAGGAGACCAAGGUCUCCCAGAAGGUUUACGACAGCAAGGGCAAUGAGGUCACGAAUCUGGCUAUUCGCCCCUUGGCAAACGACGACUCCAACGUCCCGGGUGGUGAAAAUGGGACCCCGACAGGGGCGGCGGGCGCGCAGGCGAGCAAGAAGGGGAGCGCUAGCGCUGCGAGGACUGUACAGGCGAUGGAUCAAAUGUGCUUUGUGAAGCUGCUGUGUUCGUUGUAG